GCCCUCUUUGGAAGGUCAUGAGCAGCUGACAGCAGAGCCCUGGUGGAGAAGGGGGUGAGGGGAAAACAGGGUGGGGCACAGGGAGCAAAGAGGGAAGCCAGGCAGGAAGGGAAGUCAGCAGAGAGAGAGGCUGAGGCAGCUCUGUACUUCCUCCCCCGCCCCGCCCCCACCACUGCUGUUUGGAGAGGACGUGGUAUUCCCCGGGGGGAGGGGUCUGUCUUUCCCUGCCUCCCCCGCCCAGCAGAACCUCCCAGCACCCCGGGGGGAAACCUGGGCCACUGUGGAUCUCCCCUCCAGUCGUGGGCAAACCCCCAUCGCAGCCAGGCCUGAUUCCAACAGGCUCCCUCGAACCUGCUCGCCACCCCAGCUCUUGGAGCGGGGCUCUGUCUGGCCGAGGCCCUUGCUGUCUCGUAGGACCCCCGGGGCUCCUCGGGGCAGGCCGUGUCCCUGACCUUGGCCCAGAUGCCGCAGGCACAAGUGCUGCAAAUGCUUUAAUGGGGGUUUUGCACAGGUGCUGCUGGGCCUUUCCAGGACGCGCGUGCUGUGCCUGGCAUGCCACGAGACUGGCAUCUCUCAGAAUAGGACAGGAACCAGAUGGCCCACCUAUGGUGGGGAGAAGAGAUUUGUUAACGAAAAGAGCACUUUCAGUGCUGCUGGCAGCGUUGGGGGAACCACGAGCACGGCUGAGGCAUCGAGGGACCGGCGACAGAAGAAGCUGUGAUGACCACCCCCAGGCCGAAGGAGGGCGGGAAGGAUGGUGGUCACCAGAGCCAGGGCCGUGGUCUCAGGAAAGACCAGCCGGUGGGAUCCGUGCUCCUGCAGCCUGGUGAAGAACGAGUACCCCUCCCUUCUGCUCCAUGCGAAGUCCUCGGCAGGAAGCCCCCCUGGAAGCCAGAGGGUGAGGGAGUCAGCUCUGACUUUGCUCGUGACGCUCUACACCCAUGAUCUGGCAUCCUUCCUGCCGCCAUCAGAUUUGCUGCCCGCACAGAGGGAGGCUGCCCGACCACAGGAGAUCCGAGCCACGGUUCCCACCGACUGCCGCUGCAUCCCUGGGCCGCCCCAGACCAUGGAGCACAGGUCACACUCCCGCGGACGCUCAGGGGCCCACAGAUCAGCCCCUCUUAUGUGGGUGACUUAUUUCCCAGGGCCCCAGCAGGGGAAGUGGCCUCCGCACAGGGUCCCUCCUGUCCCCAAUGCCCCCACAAUCCAGAAAACGUGUGCUCCUCUUCCUGCCUCCAACCCCCUUGGGUCUCCCUUCUCUGCCCUGGUCCCAGCCAGUGAGUCACUUCUCUGCCCACUGCAGGGCCGUGGGGCCGGGAGCCCAGGGUGGGGGGCUGUGGGGGCAGGCCAGCACCCCACCGCGUGUCUGAGCCCAACCCUGCCGCAGCCCGCACUCUGCUGCCGUCCUCCCGAGGACCCGGGUCCACGCGUGGCAGGUUCUCACGGCAGAGGCCUUGCUGACCUGGGAUUCUCUCUGCAUGACCGCACUCGGUCACUUUUUAACCCAGUACAAACCCGCACACACAGAUACACACACAGCCGUGCACGCGUGCAACACUCACGAAUACAGAAGACCUGUGUAACACGCCCAUACGACACACUCGCAUGCACACACUCUGCCCCUGGGGGGUGCAGCCCCCGCGGAGGACAGCUGAAGAGAGGGGCUCCUCAUUGUCAUUUCUUGCUGCCUUACAAGACGUUGACCCCCCAGCCACAUCCCUUUCAGACCCCGUCCCCAUGUGGUCAUCGGGGUCCCGGGAUCGGCUCUGAGGGGCCCGGCCCAGCCUGCCCCAGGUGUCGGGGGCCAUACCCGUCCCUCCGGCUGGGGGCCGGUUCUACAGGGGGUGCAGGGCUGGUGCUCGGUAAACGUUGCGUCGACGCGGUCUAGGUCUCUGAGCAUAUAUCGUUCCCCAGAGCACACCGUCGCCGGGAACCCCGAUGCCUCCCUGUAGCCCUCCAGGCUUGGAAGACUGGCUCUGCCAGUUUCCGGUAGGCCGAGCCCUGGCCCUCCCUGCCUUCCCCUGCCACGGCAUCCCCCGCGGAAGCGCUGCAGGCCUGAUCCGAGUUCUCCCCGUUCCCGGGAAACCCCGCUGGCUCCGUCCCCGGAACAUACCGCGGAUCUGCCCACGGCUCCCCGCGUCACACGGCGGCCUCCCACCGGCGUCCCUGCCGCCUCACCACCAUCUGCCUCCCCAUGGCCACUAAGGAGGGCCUGGCCACCCUCGCGGGCAACGUGGGCCCUUGGCUCACAGCCCCGCGCUGCCUUGUUGGACCGGCACCCGCAGAAGGGGGACCGCUGCUCCCGGCCGUCCCCCUUCUGCCUGCCCGGCUUUUCACGUAGCCCUUAGCGCCUCUUGAUUGACUCCUUUAAUCCUUUAUCCUCUUUUUGCUUUUUUUUCCUGUCUUCCCACACUCGGGCACUGAUUCCGUGAAGGCACGGGUUUGUCUGCUUUGCUCACUGACAUACGGAGGAAGAAGCCGUGUCUGGCCCAGGCCUGGCCCAUGGGAGGUGCUUGGUAAAUAUUUGCUAAGUGAAUGAAUGCACGCAAUGCAUUUCUAUUUCCAGCCCCAGCCAGGCCUCUGGAAACCCAGAAACACAGGCAGAUCUGCAAAGAAGGAAGCCCUCACUUUCAGGGUUUACGGAAGGUUUGCUGGCUAAGCACCAUUUUUCCCUCCUCGAAUCUCUCCACUCCUCCUGCACGCCUUCUGCCUGGGGGUUUUGCAAGCAGCUGAUCGGAAGACGGGCUGGCUUAGGGGAAGGGGGCUUUGGGGUAGGGCCUGAGUGCUGAGGCCCCAGGCUGUCCCUGCAGCUGCUGCCUUUGCAAACGCCUGGAAUCCUGGAGCCGUUCCCACCCGGUGGAGCCGGGCCAGCUGAGCGCUGACUCCCCUUUAAGCUGGGCACAGGGGGGCCUGCCUGCCCCAACCUUCUGGUCCGUCCUCGUCCUGGAGCCCAGAGGCCAACCUCGUGGCCAUGGCAGGGCUGAGAGGGCCCCCUCCCAGCCCUCCCUGGGGAGAGGCCCCCCUCACUGUCACACGCCAGAUCACUUGGGCCACUCCGCGAGUCACAAGGCAGAUUUUCCAUUAGCGUCAAACGCCUGCGCAUCCUGACCAGCAGCUGAUGUGAGCGUAAGGGGAAAGCACUUUAGUGAAGCCUCCUCACCCCGUCGUGCGCUCACAACUGCUUCUGUUGUUGGUGGGACACCCUCACAGUCUGCAGCAUGGUCACGGGAUCUGGCUGGGGUCCCAAGACCUGAGGCCAGCCAACGAGAGAGCGGCACUCCCCCACCCACAGAAACCAGCUCAGUGACAGCCAUGGGACCCAAGUCCACACAAUCUGAACCCUGCCCGGGAUUUUUCUAUAAUAACCCUGAUCCUCCAAGCUGGGAGUUCUGAGGACCCCCUAGGCCUCGAGCUCCCAGGCCAUCUUUGCCUGGGAGCAAAGCCAACCUCAGUGAAAUCAAGUUUAGAGUCUGAAUUAAGAUGGUACCUAGGGUUGUCUUGCCAGCGCCUAGAUGCAGCUGUGCCUGAAGGCAGCUGCUUCCUACACUUUUCAGUUAAGUCAACCAGCAAACUCUUCUUUUCUGGAAUGAGCUUGGCUGGGGGUCCUGUCAGUUGCAACCGAAAGGAAUCCUCAGUACCACUAAGCGACAUUAAUUCUCAAUGUAUUGAAAUGGGGAUCUGUAGAUGGUCAUGGGGAGCAAACCAGUGAGAGGAUACUGGCUCUGAAAUGUGGGGGAGGGGAUCUCAGAUUUAGGCAGAUACAUGUGCAGACCCCCCCACCCCUGCGUUGCCUCUGAAACUGCCCGUCUAGGCCGGUCCAACUGUUUCCUGAAGGAUCUUUGCAAGCCACUAGAAGGGACCCUAAUCACAGAACUAGGAUCUGGGAUUAAGGUCAGAAUAAAAUAUUUGCAAACCAUGAGUUCCUUCUCCCAAGAUUCCCACAAACAUGGUGACAACCCUGGGCAUGUUGGUGAGCUCCUCCAGUGAGGGGGGCUGCUUAUCCUCUAGAUGUGUACCCCCACCUGUCUCCCUUCCCCUGACCACCCCCGCCCAGCCCAGGGACGUCUGAGAUGGAGAUAGCACAGGAGAGCAGAUCGUCCCUGUGUGGGCAAAUGGCACAGGGGCUGCUCAGGGCCCUCCCGCCCAGGAGCAGGUGGGGGCAGGAGAUGUCUGUGCCCGGGGGAUCCCAGAACAGGACAGCCAUUUCUGGUGUUCUCCGACCCCCCGCUGCAGCCCGCCUCCCCUGGGCCCUCCCAGAGCCGUAGCGCAGGAGGCAGCAUCCGACAGACGGGAAAAGAGACCUUCUUCUCUCCAGCUCCUCCACUGACAGCGAUGAGACGGACCAGGCAGGCGACAGACACCGACUUUGUCCGUCCUAAUUCUGUGGCUCUCCAUGGACAGAUGGCCCGUGCAGCUGGGUGACAGUGCCUGCCCUCGGCCUGGGGCUGGCUGACCAACGUGUCGGAGGCAGUGGCCUCGGAGGGCAGAUGCGUGAUGCAGCCCAGGCUAGCGCCGGGCGGUGGUGACAGUGCCGGUCACUGGGCGAGCCAAAGGCGGGGUGUCUGAGGCGGCCUCGGGGCGGACGCAGAGGGACGCACAGAUGGAGAGGACACACGGGUGCCUUGGUGGGGAGAGUCGCGGGAGGUAGUGGAGAACAAGGCAGGUCCGGCUUCAAACUGCUGGGUCUGGGGCGAUGGGGCGCCCCGAGAGCAUGUCCCACCACACCCGUGGAGAGGGGCCUGAGCUCGGGAUGGUCCCGGUGUAUAGGCUGCCCCCACCAGCCCCGUUCUCCGAGCCGCUUCUGUAGUGUUUAUGGAAAUGUAGUUUUGCCCGGGAGAUGCAGUGUAAUUGAGAAUAUUUUAAUGUCUCUUUAGGGCCGCUGUUCUCACUUGAGUGAUUACGAGCAUCGAGGGAGGUGAUUGUACCCGGAGUGGUCUCCGUGGGUGCAGGGCCCUGGGUGCCUGUUUCCACCACCUGCGUGCCACCUAAUGGGGAGGAGUCCUCUGGGUCCUGAGCAGAAAGUGACCUCAGACAGGAGCCCAUCUCUGUCACGGGCCCAGGCUGCUGGCACUCAGGGCCAUGUUCCGGGGCUUAACCCACACACCUCCCUCUCUCCUCUGGAGGCCAGAGACUGAACCCCCCCUGCGUCAGCGGGGCUGUGCUCCCCGGAAGGCUCCAGGGCGGGUCCUGCCUGCCUGUCCCGGCUGCAGCUGGUUCCCCGGACUCCUCUGUGUUCCGUGGCUGUGUCCCAUCACCCCAGGCUCUGUCACCUGGCCUUCUCCCUGUGUGUCUUCAUGUCCUCUUUUCACAAAGGCACCAGCCAUCGGGGCUAGGGCACACCCGAAUGCCUUAGGAUCUCAUCUUAACUGGGUUAUAUUUGCAAAGACCCUAUUUCCACAUAAAGUCACGACGUGAUGUUGCAAGUGUACACGAACUUUGGGAGCGGGACCCAAUUCAGUCCCGUCUGCCGUCCCACGAUCCCACACGACGGAUGAGGAAACUGAUCGAAAGGGGGAGGUUUUGGGGCUGGCUGGGAUGGAGCUGGGACCAGAGCCUGGGUCCCUCCCUGCCUGGCCCUCCACCGCCCGAUUCCCUAGAAGCCCCGGCCUCCCGCACUCGCCACCGAGUGCACAAAACUCUCCCGCCGGGUUCCCUCUCCGGGCCCGUCUUCCCUCUCCCUCCCGUUUCCAGACACACUGACCAAGGGGAUAAAGUAGAUGCAGUACGGGGUGUGUGCUGGCUUUUGUCUGAGAAAAGGUGAAAGUAUGACUAUUAUGUAUUUAUUUAUAUUUGCAAAAAAUCAAAGCCAUGGAAUGCUAAAUCAGAACUAAUAAAAAUGGUGAUUUUGGGGUGGGCAGAGUCAGGGAGGGCAGUGAAACUUCACUGUUCCCAGCUUGGUACAGUGUUUGUGUUGAAAGGACACCCCAGGGGCAGUGGGGGGCUCAGUCAGUGGAGCGUCUGCCUUCGGCUCAGGUCAUGAUCCCAGGGUCCUGGGAUC